AUGGAGCCCCAAUCACCACCCAAGCGCAUCACGCGCUCCAGAGCUGCGAAGACGGGUGAAACCUCGACCAGCACAAGAACCACCAAGGUCGUGACUGCAGCGGCUAAAGCUAAGUCGACUGUUACUGCUCCUACACGAUCUACAUCAGCCAAAAGAAAGACCCGAUCAGACGACGCCGAAGACGAAGAACACAACGAACAGGCACAACAAUCAGAACCCGCCAUGCGUGCCACCAGAGCCACUCGAGGCCGCCCAAAGAAGAUUGUAGAGGAGCCCGUAGCAUCGGCGCCCUCAACGUCAAGUGUAGCGCCGGGGAGAGCUACUCGUGCACGAGCUGCUACGCGAAAGGUCCCGGUCGCCGAGCCUGCAGCCCCUAAAGAAGAGCCUGCUAAGCCCACCCGUGGCCGGCCCAGAAAGAUGGCAACUCAGUCCACGGAGGAAGCUCCUGAAAAGGAGGCAGAGCCGGUGAAGAAGACGACGCGCACCCGCGCAGCGCCGGUUACAGCAGCAAAGCCCGCCGUCAAGAAGACGGUAACAUUCCAAGAACCCGAAAAGGAAAACAUCGCUCCUGACGCAAGCAAGAAGACGGCCGACAAGUCCACAACUGCCACUGGCCUUAGAGCCAGACCGGUGCGAAAGCCUCCCGUUCCCAAAGCCCCUCGAACUACCCGCACCGCUGCCCCCUCGAAGACGGAGAAAACCCCCUUGAGCCCUAAGAAGGUUACCCAGAUCCCCAUGUCUCGUGACUGCUCCGAGGACGAGUUGGCUGGGGAAAGCACACCUCCGAGACCCAUGAUGAAGAGCCCCACCAAACCUCCCACCGGUGUCCUUGGCUCUUCCAAGAAGCUCAACUUGCAGCCCAUGGAAAGGCCUACCGACUCAAAAGAUCACGCCGACGAGAGCGCCGAACCAGAGGUCCAAGAAGACGAAGUCACUAACGUGUUGGCCUCCCCUGCCAAGAGAUUGCCUGCCUCACCAUACCGGGAUACCAUGAAGUCUCCAGCUAAGCGUGCAGAGGGAGUGUCAUUGAAGCCGGCCUCAGCAAUGAAGCCCAAUGGCGAGGGGGUCGCCCCGACUCCACUCAAGGCCUCCCUUCUACACUCCCCCGCUAAGCGGCCUCAGUCGGCUAUUAAGCCAUUUGCCCUGCCGUCAACUGGCCCGGAGGAGAGAAAGAUCUCGAACUUCAAAGCGUCUCUCCUUCAGUCGCCUGCCAAGCGACCUUUGUCUCCCAUCAAAGGCCUGGUUACUAAACCUCAGGAGCCUCCUCAGGAGAUGCAAUCUCCUGCAACGAAGCCUCUGCUUCUCUCAACACCAACUGCCCUGCCUCCUGCAAAGCGUUCUUCUGAGAAGUUGAUGGAAGAGGAGUCUGCUCACAACGAGGAUGACGAUGAAGAGCUGGAUGAGAUAGCAGAGGCCAUGCUCAAUGAGUCUAUUCACCUUGAGGAGCCCAUGCAGUUUCCUGGCCGCCUCUCCGCCGUUCUCCCAAGGCAUGCAGACCCUGUCUUCAAGAAAGACAUGCCUGCUCUUGAGUCUCCUCAGGAAGAUCUGGCCAGCACUGACGAAGUAGAUACCGUUCAACAACUUGCGGGAGUUUCUAUGAUGCAUGACGAAGCUCCAACUGAGGUUGUGGCUGACGACAUACCCGAUUUUGACAGCGAGCCCAUGAUGGUUGAUGAUGAGCCUUACUUCCAGCCUCAAGACCAGGCAACACUCCAUGUCGCAACCAGCGCCCUCGCCCCUCAGCCCGCACUUAAGGCACCCACUGGUACUUUUGGACUUCGACAGAAGGAUGUGGAUCCGUACCAUAACAUGGAUUCCGAUUCUGACGACGACCUUGCCAAUAGCCCUCGCGUGUCUGCUGCACACGAUUUUGUCCCCCUUACUCCUACCCCUUCAUCUGCUCGCCGGAGUAUGGCCAAGUCAAGAGUUUCCAAUGUUGGCUUCACUCCUCUGGCACAGAAGCUCAACGCCUGGUCCGCUGGAAGUCCUGCCAAGGUUUCCAAGCAGGCUGCUGUAGAACCUUUACAGAACCCCGAGGGCUCGACCUCAACUGCUGGAACCCCUCGCGCUUACGAGUCGCCUCUCAGAAGCACUUACUUUGAGGACGAAAUGACUGUUCGUGCCGACAUGGAGGCACAGAAUGAAAUUGAAGCUGCAAUUGAAGCCGAGAUCUCUGCCGCCAGUGAAGAUCCCGAUUUCGAUGACCUUAUGGUUACCGAUGAGGACAUGGCUCUCGCUGCCGAGGCGAAUGAGAUGUCGUUGAUGGAACCUGAGCAGCUGGACGAGAUCGUCAACACCUCCAACAGCUUCGAAGACACCCUUUCUGAGGCCAGCCAAGAGUACGGCGACGAAAACGAGAUGCCCGUCGACCCUGCUAUGUUGAAUGAUAACGCCUCCGUCCCACCGACUACGCCCAACCGUGUCUUGGCGCGUGAGUUCCAUACUGUUUCCAAGGUUCCUCUAAAGGAUGCGGAUGAGUCAACUCCUCGUCCUAAGAAGAAGCGUGCUGCGAGCAUCUCCCGGCUCCCGGCCAGCCGCCCAACUCAAAACCUUAACAGGAGCGCAACUGUCAUUUCCUACUCUCCCGGCAAGCAAAUCUCGGAGCCAGAACAGGAUGCCUUUGAACCUGAGUCAGCACCUGUUACUCCAGCCAAGUCUGACAUCUGGUCGACGCUUGGAACCCCGGCACGGACUCCUCACCGAAACCUGAACCCUGGCCUGCUUCGUGGCGCCGUUGUCUUUGUUGACGUACACACUACCGAGGGAGCGGAUGCCAGCGGCAUAUUUGUCGAACUCCUUACUCAGAUGGGCGCUAGAUGCGUCAAGACUUGGGCCUGGAACCCAAGCGCAACCGACAACUCAGAUGCCUCUAAGAUCGGCAUUACCCAUGUUGUGUUUAAGGAUGGUGGUAAGCGCACGAUGGAGAAGGUCAGAGAAUCCAAUGGCGUUGUUCAGUGUGUCGGUGUGAGCUGGGUACUUGACUGUGAGCGUGAGAAUGAGUGGCUCGAUGAGGCAUCGUACUACAUCGACACCUCUCUGGUUCCCCGCGGAGGUGCUCGUCGUAGAAAGAGCAUGGAGCCCAAGGCCCUGACGAAUCAGAAUGGCAUGCUCGUUCUUUCUCCAGUCAAGGGUGGCCGUGAUGCCAAGACUGCGCCGAACACACCUAUGAACCGACGCGAUAGUACAGUGUGGAUGCAUACUCCUUCUGACGAUGCUGAGGACGACGACGAUGAUUGGGAGGGUCUGAUGUCUCCGGUUCCUGUCACACCUGCUCCCGACUCUCUUGCCCGCUACGCUGCCAACGUCACCCCCGAGACGCCCGGUGCUACCGACUAUGACUCUUCUCCCACCAAGGCAUUGCUGAUGCAGACUUGCCCUCCUAAGUCCAAUGCUUACGCUGAGAUGGGCGAUGGCAUUCUCAAGAGGGAGAAGGAUGAGACCGUCAUGCAGCGCUUGAUGGCGGCUCGCAGGAAGAGUUUGCAGUUCGCCCCCAAGAUUGGAAGCCCACUGUCCAAGGCCUGGAAGUAG